CUGGCAUCAGCUCAAAAAGGGGACUGACCUAAGGAGACUGAAAAAAACGAAAAACUUAUAUCACUCGAGAGGAGAAAUGGAAGAACGUGAGAAUGUUUGUGAAUUCUGAGAAGGGUGAAUUUACAAUGUACUACAUAAGACGAACAUGUAAAAAGAGUGUUCCUCGCAGAACUAGGAUGAGCUUUGCCCGUUGCCAUGACUCUUCCAAGAAGCUUUACUGUGCCAUCGUCCUCUUCUGCGCGCUCUCCAUAUUCGCCCUCACCUCGAGACUGGGUAACCAGAGGGAAACACAGGCGACGAGCAGGUUUCCAGAAGAACCGGAAAGCUUUGUGUCGUGGAGGAACCUCUCUCGAAAGCAGGUUAGCAGCCUCUCUGUCCUGGGCAGGAGAAUGUUCCUGGAGGAGGAUGUGGGAACGCCUCAGGACAGGAACUUCACCAUCCUCGUGUGGCAUUAUGUUGACUUUACGGAAAAGAGGUUGGUCUACCGCUUCGGGGACGUCAAAGUGGAUCCGUUCGAUGACUGCUCUGUCCACAACUGCCACAUCACCUACGAGGAGUCAGCGGCCCCCACAGCAGACGCGGUCUACAUCCACUUCCAUCGCACUCUAGGGCCUCACACCUUCCCGAAGCGCAGCGGCCCAGACCAAGUAUGGAUCUGGGGGACGGACGAGAGUCCGGUGCACAACUUCUGGAAAGCGAAAGACAAAAACCUGAAACACUAUAAUGGCUAUUUUAAUUGGUCCAUGACCUUCCGAAUGGACAGCGAAGUUCCGGUGCCCUACGGAAGAACGCUCAGGCUGCCAGACAACCAAACCGCCCUCCAGCCCGAGGACGUCUUCGCCAUGAAGCCCAAGUUAGCGGCGGUGAUGAUGACCAACUGUCAUCAGAGUUCGAAUAAUAGACUUCCUUAUAUCAGACACUUACAAAAACAUAUGAAAGUCGAUUUUUAUGGACGGUGCGGCAGUUUGAAUUGUCCAGGUCAUAUAAGAAAAGACUGUGAGCUUCUUGACAAAUAUAAAUUUUAUUUGUCAUUCGAAAACAGCAACUGUCAUGAUUACAUAACAGAAAAGGUCUGGUGGAAUGCGCUGGAGAAGAAGGCAGUCCCGGUGGUGAUGGGGGGGCGGGCGGACGACUACCGGCGGAUGCUGCCUCCCGAUUCCUUCGUCCACGUGGAUGACUUCGAGACGCCCGAGGACCUCGCCAAAUACCUUAAAUUCCUUGAUUCAAACCGGGAGGCGUACAUGAAGUACCACCAGUGGAGACACCAGUACAAGGUCGUACAAGAGCACGGUUACUUCGGGGCGCCCAUUUACCACUACUGCCGCAUCUGCGAGGCCCUCAACUACAACGACCGCACGCCCAAGACAUACAACGACCUGGAGGCCUUCUGGGGCAAGAAGCAGCAGUGCCACCCCCCACGUGGCCAGAGCGCCUCGAGAGGGCAGCCCGAGACAGGAAAGCUUGAAGGCGCGAAAAGUUAUUGUUAUUGCUAUUGCCUUGUCCCUGGUCACGUGACACUACAGUUCGAAUAGAGAAGAAACUGAAAACAAUACAUAGUUAUUGUGUUCCUUUUGGUAUCUCAUAUGUGAUUAUAUUUAUGAAAAAAUAGGUCCUAUUUUUUGUA